GUUUAUGAUCACCUUUAAUCUGUUUUUGUACCAAAAUACUUUCUAGUCCAAUAUCAACAUGAUAAACGAUGAUAUCCCAUGUUGUGAACUGGAUUUUUGGGUGUUUUUAGCCACAAGUUUUGUCCUUGUGUUAUUUGCAGGCAUUACUUCAGGCCUUGCUCUAGGACUCUUGUCCUUCAGCCAAGUUGAUCUUGAGGUCCUUAUUAAGUCUGGUCAGUUUCAUGACCAGAAAAAUGCAGCAAAGAUUCUGCCUCUUAUUAAGAAUGAACACCUACUUCUAUGUACUCUUCUUAUAAGCAAAUCACUGGCAAUGGAGGCACUUCCAAUUUUCCUGGACUCAAUCCUUCCAUCUUGGGCUGCUAUUAUUAUGUCAGUCAUCCUCGUUGUUGCGUUUACAGAGGUAAUUCCUCAAGCUGUGUGCUCUCGUUAUGGACUUAGUAUUGGUGCAAAGAUGUCUAGCUUGGUUCGGCUGCUUCUCUUUAUCUUCUUUCCUAUAACAAAACCAAUCAGCAAGCUGCUUGAUUGGCUCCUAGGGGAACGGCAUUCUGUACUAUUGAGACGUGCCGAGCUAAAAACAUUGGUAGAUUUGCAUGCAAAUGAGGCAGGGAAAGGUGGAGAAUUGUCACAUCACGAAACCAUGAUUAUAAAUGGAGCUCUUGAUUUAACUCAGAAGACUGCCAAAGAUGCAAUGACCCCCAUAUCUGAAACUUUUUCCCUUGAUAUAAACUCCAAACUUGACAUGCAAACAAUGGGUUUUAUAGCAAGCAAAGGUCACAGCCGCAUACCUGUCUACUCUGGAAGCAAGACAAAUAUAAUUGGCCUCAUUUUGGUCAAGAAUUUGUUUUUCUGCAACCCUGAAGAUGAAACUCCAAUCAAGCACAUGACUCUCAGAAGAAUUCCCAGGGUUUAUGACAAUUGGCCUCUAUAUGAUAUAUUGAACCAAUUCCAGAAGGGUCACAGUCACAUGGCUGCAGUUGUGAGGAGUAGCGAUAUUAAACAUGAUCGUAAAGAUAGUUCUGUUGACAAGCCUAGUUUAAUAAAUAUAAAUACUAAACUAAAUUUAAAUUUAACUACAGGAGCAACACAAGCUCACAGUUCUAUAUUUUAUAAGGAACAUUUGACUAUCUCCAGUGAGACAUCACCUUCUUAUUCAUUUGACACACAAUAUUAUACUCCACCCUCAAAUUUUUCCAUGGAGCAAGAGAAAGAAGAUGGAGAUAUAUGUUGUGGAGCUCAAGAACCUCUUCAAAUCGACUUCAAUGAAGAGGUUAUUGGGAUCAUAACAAUGGAAGAUGUCAUGGAGGAACUGCUGCAAGAAGACAUAUUGGAUGAAACUGACCAAUAUGUUGAUGUGCACAACAAAAUCAAAAUCAACCUGAGGCCUUUAAGAAGAUCAUCAUCAAGAUCUCCAAAAAGAUGUAGUUCUCACCUUCAUUGGAGGACUCCUGAUCAUUCUCCACUCUCUUCAUACACUCCUAUUGCACCAUAUACUAAACCACCUCUAAUAAGAUCAACUCUUUUAUAUGCUUCUGGAAAGUCCACACCAAAUUCUCCAGCCCAAUCUGAGGGUGGUUCUCUUUAUAGCUAACCAUCAUCCUCAUAUCGAGUAUGUCAAAACUCCAAGUUUGGUUACUCACCGAGUUACUGAAUUUAUCUAUCUUUUGUCAUGUUAAUCUUCCUUUCUCAUACCAAAACUUUGGCUUGACAUGACAGGUUUCAUCAUCAUCAUCAUCAUCAUCAUAUAUAUAUAUAUAUAUAUAUUGCCAUUGCCAAUUCUUUAGUCCUUCACUGUGGAACCCACAUAUUUGAUCAUGAGUCAAUUUAAUAGAAUUUUGGGAUAUAAGAUUGACUUGCUAUAUCAUGUUAGUGCAACCGGAUGAAAAAAAGUUGGUGGAUAUUAUUGAAAAAAAUAAGGGUAUAAAUGUAACUUAACGUCCAAAAGUGUGUAGAUGUAAGAGUUGUAUUGUUAAUAUAGUAUAAAGUUUAG